AUGUCGGAAAAGCACAGUCUUCUGCAAGUUUCUCCACAUCGUGAACUUGUUUUCACUGGUCCGUUCUCCGAUGUUGUCACCGCACACAUGACACUUAAAAACAUAACUGCGAAUCCGGUCUGCUUCAAAGUCAAGACUACUGCCCCAAAGCAAUACUGCGUCCGUCCCAACUCUGGUCUUCUUAAAAAUGGAGAAUCAAAGCAGAUAACAGUUAUGUUGCAACCUCUCGAAGGAAUUCCAACUGACGCUGGUCGUCACAAGUUCAUGGUUCAAUCGUGUGUUGCUCCAGCUGAAGAUCUCCAAGACUUGGAGUCUAUUUGGAAGAUUGUAGAUCCAGCGGAGUUGACUUACAGUAAGCUGAUGGUCACUUUCACGACAACAAAACGUUCACUGUCAACGGUAACGAAGAAACAUUUGCGUCUGCUGGACAAGCACAGUAAGCUCAUUCAUAUUAUUUUUUAUCUGAAAAUCUUUGCUAUUUACAGAGAGCUCGGAAGCUCUUUCUCUGCUCCUUCUUCCCAGCAAGAUGGAACCGUCGCAUCCCUUCGUAAAUCUCUGAAGUCGACAAUUGACGAGAAGGAGGAGUUGCAGAAGAAAGUUCAUGGAUUGGAGCAGGAAAUCGAAGUUAUGCUCAAGAAAAAUCGAAAGCUACAGCAAAACCAAUCGGAUGGCGCUCUCGUGGAGGGAGCCUUCCCAACGUUGCAAGUAGUCCUGAUUGCAGUUGCCGCUCUUCUGAUCGGACUCAUCUUCGGCCAUCUUUUCUAA